AUGUGUGAGUUUUUGCGCCCUCUGCUGCCUUUGACCAAUCAAAAGAGGGCAAAUACAUUUAAGGCGGAACCGAAGCUUCUGAUUGGCUGUCCAACACGAAACGAGAACUCGACACGCGAUGAAACGCCAGAAUCACCUUCAUCUGAGCGAAUAUUCGCCGACACGAUGUUGUCACACGUCGGUUCUGUGGAGCUGCGCGAGACGCUCGAAUCGUUUCACGGUCUGAAUGAAUCUCAGUGGAGCAUCGCGAAGAAAUCCAAGGAUGUGACUGUAUGGAGGAAACCUUCGCAGGAGUUCGGCGGAUUUCUAUAUAAAGCUGAAGGAACCGUAGCAGAGAAUCCGGAGCGGAUCAUGGACUUCAUCCGUCCCGGAGCCCGCAGACUGGAAUGGGACAGUAUGAUCACUUCACUGGAGAUCCUGCAAACACUAGACCAGGGCUGUUGUGUGGUGAAAUACACCACCGCAGGGCAGCUGUGGAACAUCAUCUCUCCUCGAGAGUUCGUGGAUUUCUCCUGCACCAGCGAAUAUCAGCGCGGCCUGCUGUCCUGCGGUCAGUCGCUCACGAAUACAGGGCUGAGAACACAUCAUUUGUCUGACACAUCAGCUGUUUAGCUCAAUU